UGAGUUUCGUAAUAAACACGUUAAUGUUCUAUUUUCUAUUUAUUCCGUAGUGAAUCUAAAGCAGACAUUAAAAUUGAUUAGUAGUAUACCUUAUUAGUUUGCUUGUGAAAUUAUAUUGUGUUAACAACAUGGAGUACCAAGACCAGGCAGAUUACAAUAAUAUUAUUGAUGUAAUAAUAAGCACCUUUGGCGAAGUUUUAAGCAGAGACGUAUUAUACAACAUCGUUGAAAACUUUGGGGGAGACCUUGAAGAAUCUGCAAAUGCUGUAAUGAACAUCAUUAUGGAAGAAAAAGAAGUUAAUAAUACACAACCUGGUUCAAGUAUAAACCAGUUAGAGCAAGCAGUAGAAGAAGAUAACCAACCUAAAACAUACAAGACCAGUUCAGAUAUAAAUAACACUAUGGACUAUAAAACUUCUGGAAUAUUCAAAGCAGCUGCGUCAAAUGCUAACACUUCUAGAUCAGCAAUUCCGCUUGUAUAUCAGGCUUCAAACGCGACUUCUGCUCCAGGUAUGCAAAAUGUUUGGACUGAUCAGAUUGGGAAAAUAUUUAAACAUCAUGAAAAGGGCUCACGUAUUUUAAUAAUUAUGCGAGGUUUACCUGGAAGUGGAAAGACUUAUCUUGCUGAAAGAAUUAUCGAUGCAAUUUAUUGCACGAGAAACCAAUAUUAUUCAACUCAUAUACUUAGUACCGACGCUUACUUUAUGCGCAAUGGCGAUUAUAUAUAUGAUAAAUCAAGAAUUUCUGAGGCACACGAGUGGAAUCAAAGAAGAGCUAGAGAUGCCAUGGCGGAAGGAGUAAGUCCUGUAAUUAUAGAUAACACGAAUAUAGAACUUUGGGAAAUGGAGUGCUAUGUAGUGCAAGGGGUAAAAAAUGGAUACAUUAUUGAAGUUUUAGAACCAAAUACACCAUGGGCAAAAAAAGCAAAUCAAUUAUGCAGAAGAAACUCUCAUAAUGUUCCAGUCGCCGCUAUUAGAAGAAAGUUGGAUAACUUUCAAAGUGGCAUAAAUGGUGACUAUUUAUUAAAGAUAUUUAAGUUGCGAUAUACAUCAUCUGAAAGGCCACCUAUUUUAAGAACAAAGCCUCCAUUUUCAUUAAAAUUAACAGAUCAAUCAAUAAAUACAGAAUCUGUGAAUAUUUCGGAGAGUAAUAAAGAUUCAGUGGAUGCAACUCAUGAUAAUUCUCAAAGAAGUUUGGCAGAGAUCACAAUUGACAACUCUCAAAAAUCGUCACCAUUAUCUAAUAAUUGUGAUCAGUUUGCAGAACUACAAAAAUGCCUCGAAGAGAUGGAGAAAGUAGAAAAAGAGUGGGAAAAUGGUGAUAAUUGGGAAGAUAACGGCCAAAAUAAAGCUCAAAAUAGUGUGGAUUCCGGUUCUGUGAGUUCGAAACCUCAAAGACAAAAUAAGUUACUGAGAUCUGGUAUUACAGAAAAUUUUCAAUCUUCUGAUGAAGUUGAUAAUGAUUGGAGCAGAUGUUUCAAGUUAUUACCAUCUUGGGGAGAAGCAAGCAAUAUUACACAGAUGGAGUGUAUUCCUGUUAUAGAAAAGAGAUCAAGUAGCACUUGCAUAGAAUACGGUGAUACAACAAUAUCCCCUUCAAAAAAUCCUUUAAAAGUUUUAACUGCUGCACCAAGAAAUAUCAAUGAAUAUCAUGUUCCAGUAAAAGAUAAGAAAAUGCCAGAAAAGUGGAUGCUUGAUAAAAGUACUUCUACUAAUAAUAACAAUAAUAUUAUAACUUUUAAUUGUCCGAAUAAAGAGCAGCAUUUCAAUGUAUUUAGAAAACUUUUCAAAAAUAUAGCCAGAUCGGACUUACGGGACGUAUUUGACAAUUGCUUCGGUGAUGUUAACUGGGCUGUUAAUAUUGUAUUAACAGGUGGAGCCGGAAUUAAAUUAGAUAAUGUUGAUAGUAAUGAUUAUUCAGAUACAGAAGCCGAAGCGCAAGAGGAUAACGUUGAUUUAUGCCAAUGUUUAGCGGCAUACGAUAUCAUACCGGAUCAUAAUAACCCAUUGCCACCGCCAGUAUUAGAGAUAAAUAAUACUAGUCAUAAUACUCAGUCUACACCGACGCCUUUAAAGUCUAAAGGUAAAAAAGAAAACACGGUUUCAGUAAGUUCCAUACAAUUAAAACGACAAAUAGAAAAGAAUGUAGUCAUAUCGGAUAAUCAUUACUCAGAACAUUGUUUAAAAAUAAGAAAACUUCGACGGGGUGAAUCUAUAACUGAUGAAGUGGGAAACACUAAUGAUGAACAAAGUAAUACAGUAACACCUGAGCCUCAUAAAACUGAAAAUAAUGAAGCAUGUACAUCGUCAAACGAACAGUACAUCUCAAAUCAUAACAAUAAUCCAAGCACAUCAAGAAUUGAGAAUAACGACGCAGGAACAGAAAAUUCGCCCGUUGUUUUUGAAGAUAUUGAAAAAAAUUUAAGUAUUAAUUUGGGAAAAGAAUUCGUAUCUCAACUUGAUGAUAUUUUCGGACGCCGUAAUAUGGAGUACCCUCCGAAUGUUAUCCCUAAAAUUAAUAUGCCCAUGUCCCUUUUGGAAGAAAUCAACGCAUUAUGGAUGGAAUCACUCGUGGACCAACUAGAUGAAGACGUUAAACAAUCAGCAGAAAUGAUGGUCCAACAGGAUGUAGAGUUUGCUUAUCAAUUAGCAAAAAAACAAGCAGAAAUGACAAAAGCAGGCAAAGAACCCGAAGUACCUGAUUUCAAGGAAUUAAUGGAUUUGGAUUUAGCACUUUCGAUUUACCGAAAAGAUAUAGACGAGUGGCGUAACAAUCUGCCAGAUGACCUAGCCGCCAGAUUGACAAGGGAAAAAUUAUAUAACCUAUUCCAGGACGUUCCUCAUGACAUCUUAACUGAACUGCUUAUGGCUCAUGAUAAUAAUUUCCAAGAAACUGUUGAGUGCCUCUUGAUAUCUACCGGUAAAACCGAAUAUCUUGAAACAAAAAAUGGCGUCGGCAGAUAUGUUAUGGAGAAAGAAACUGAGAGACAGCAGAAAUUGCUGGAAGAGGAGAGAAAGACUAUAUCGGAGGUGGAAUGGCCACUGCUCCCGAAGUCAGAGAAAGUGGACAUGUUAGUCGUAGACCAUUAUCGCGAUGAGGCCGAGAAACAUUUGCGCUCGAGGAACCACUAUUACCAGAAGGCUCAGGAAUAUAUUAGGCGCGGCAUGACCCCGGCCGCGACCUACGUCAGCGGAGUAGCCGAGUAUCAUAAGAGGAUGUACGAAUUGUCCAAUAGCAAGGCGGCUGCCACUCUUAUACAAUUCCACGCAAGCCGGUCUCCUGAUAACUCCAGCAUAGAUCUGCACUACCUGAGAGUGGGUGAAGCCAAGGAAUCCCUCGAUCUAUUCAUCGAUACGCACAUUCAGAAACUAAGGGAGAUGCUAGAUAAGAAUGGCGUUCAAUUCCAUACGCUAUUUUUCAUAACCGGACGGGGACUCCACAGUAAUGGCAAGCCAAAGAUUAAACCUGCUGUUAUGAAAAGGCUUUUGGAACGGGGCUUAGCCUUUACCGAGAAGAACCCAGGCUUGCUUACUGCUAGGGUGUCCGCUAUCGACAAAUUAUCUGACGAAAUCGCUUAGUGUCGAAUGAAAUCGCUCGAUCAAGAGCGAUUACAAUCACACCAUAGAAACCUUUAUUUCCCCCAAUUCCCCCCAUUCCCACAGUAUUAUGAGACGUACAAUGUCCCAGUUUAUACUAAUCAUUUCACUAAUCAUUUUAUGUACACACCUUAUUGCCCGUAUUGCAAUCAUUGCGUUGUAUGUGCUCCGCCUACACAAAAUGUUCUGUGCGUCGAUAUGAUCACAACCCCGCGUUCGUCAUUUUUCUUCUAUAGACAAGAACCGUUAAUUUAGAAUACAAGUGAUAUGUGACAAGUUCGGUUAAAUGCUGCGAGCUUAUUUGAUGUUGCUGAAUAAAACUUCGGCUUUGACUGGAUUUUAACUGGAUAGAUUCCAGAAUAUGCAGUGAAAAGUGCUUUUUUUUGUGUAAGAAAGAGACUUUUAACAGCACGCACGGACGGAAGUGGCUUAAAUUUAUUAUAGCUGUAAACUGUUCACAAAAAAUCUAAAUAUUUAUCAAGAACUGUUGAAAAACUGUCAAAUGACCGCCUGGUAAAUUGCACAUUGAAGAACCUUGGUGAUUGUUAAACUUAGUAAUUGCACUGAUAUUUAGAAAAGAACUCGAGGUUGAUGUGAAAAAUGAAAAUAAUAUACAGUUUUCAAUAAAAUCUAAGCAGAAUAUGAAAUUUUGGUUUUGAAACCAAAACGGAUGUUUUCAACAAUAAAAUUCGAUCACAUAAGCUGUUAUUUUCAUACCUGCAUACAUAUUUUGAUGGAAAUUUAUAAAUAUGUGAAUACCAAGUGGAAAGAUUGUCAUCGCAAUGUACUUUUACGAGAGAAAAAAUGUUUUCUAGUCUGUUAAGUACUUAUAAGACAGCAUUUUUUUUUUCUAGUAAGUAUGGUUUCAUUUUUGGCUUUGCGCCAUAAUUUUACAUAGCAGCUUAGAUUACUAGAGUUUAAUUAAUUUAUUGUAAAACGUUCACCCGAGUAGUUAAACUUCGCUCGAUCCACAUUUUUAUAAUAUUCGCUUUAAUAUGUACACCGUUUGUCCAAAGUUUUAUGAAUAUAAGUGUACUACCACAUGUUCAUAUUAUAUCAAUUUAGUAUGAAACUUUUGUGUAAAUAAGUAGGAAGUUUUCAGUAGAACUCGGAUUCUUGUCGUAUUAUGUAGUAGUUAGUGUAGUGGCCGAAUACAGAAUUCUCAAUCAGUUCAGUUUCCUCAAUUAUUAAGCGUAUUCGUUAAAAUUUAAAACAAGAUAAGAGGACCUUGAAAAUUGAGACACUUUUCAGUAGUCGGUGAUCAAUUUCAUAAAUAAUUAAUCUUAUUUUGUCUAAUACACACAAUGCUAAGUUUUAGUUAGUAAAGUAUCUUAAGAUCUUAAGAUUUAUUCUCAGUUUAUUUAUAUAUACAUUGACGUCCUUAAAAAUAAGGAUUACAAAUCUGUAACAAAACUUCGACAAUGUUAUAUUCAUCCUACUUAAAGCGAUGAUAGAAAAGCACCUGUACAAUAAGCCCGGACUUUAAACAAGGAUUUUGUAGUUGUUUAUACAGCCUGCUCAAAACAAAAAAAAAAAUUAAGUUAUUAACAUAAACUGAUGGGCUAGCCAUGGCAAGACGUAGCAUUUGAGAACAGCAUUUUGUAAUUGUAUAUGCACAAAACAGCUGGGGUCUUUGGGGUCUCAGCAUACGUUCCUGAAAUAAUGGCUUACCGUUCUAUAUCUGCUGUUCUGCAGCUUUGUAUAUGCUUAGCCUCCAAUUAUGUUUCUUGCCAUUUUCUCGUUAUCGCUAUUUUUCCGUAUUUAACAUAUAUUUUUCGCUAUAUAAGUUAAAAAGAAAAUAUAACAUUAUUUUUGAACAUAUUAAAAAAUUCUUACACUAUAUUGUCUUAAUAA